CCUCGCCCCGGGCUGGCCCGGCCGCGGGUUGUCUAGCUGCCAGGGCUCCCCGCCGGCUUCCCCCAUCCCCACGCACCGCGCUCACCUCCUCCUCCUCCUCCUCCUCCUCCUCCUCCUCCUCUUCCCCCCUCCCCCCCCCGCCCUCCUUCCCCACCUCCGCCCUCCUCCUGCUGACGUCUGGCUCUGCCCGGCUGAAAACUCCGUGCCGCGGCGGAUGCGGCGGCUCUCGGGAGCGCGGCAGCAGCGAAGAUGGUGGCCGCUCCGUGCGCCCGGCGGCUGGCGCGGCGCUCCCGCUCGGCGCUGGUGGCGGCGCUCACCGUGCUGCUCCUGCAGACCCUCCUCGUCUGGAAUUUCACCUCCCUCGACGCCGGCGAGGAGCAGCGCGGCGGCGCCGCCGGCCGCGAGAAGCGAGACCGCGGCGGAGACCAGCGGGCGUACCCGCAGCGCCGCGGACCCGCCGCCCCGCACGGCAAGGCGAUGAUUGAACCUCCUAGUCCUUACACCGGCUUGGAGACUCAGGAUGGCUAUUUUUCCCACCGACCGAAAGAGAAAAUGCGAACAGACAGCAAUAAUGAAAAUUCAGUCCCCAAGGACUUUGAAAAUAUUGAUAACAGUAACUUUGCUCCCAGGACUCAGAGGCAAAAACACCAGUCUGAGCUGGUGAAAAAAAACCCUAGCAAGCAAAAGGAGCACUUGAGAAAGAAACUGGAAGAGGAGAAGAUGAAGGAGAACUUGCUGCUAGGGAAGAACUCCAAUGAGGUGGUGCAAUUCAGUGAUCACCCUGGAAAAAACAGCAGCAGCAACAACAACAACGAUAUAAAGGAGAUUCACAGGUCUCCCAGACAGCAUCAUUUAAAAAAAAGUGGAAACAGCUCCCCUGAACUGAGAUAUGACCAAACACCAAAGUGUGAGGUCACGGGGAAAGAGGCAAUCUCGGCCAUGUCCCGGUCUAAAUCUAAGCAGUGUCGGCAGGAGAUCGCAGAUGUGUAUUGUCAGCACAAGCAUGGAAAGCUGAUGCCGGAGAAAGUGACGCGUUUCUGUACACUGGAGGGAAAAGCCAACAACAAUGUACAGUGGGAUGAGGACUCCGUAGAAUACAUGCCAGCCAACCCAGUCAGGAUCGCAUUUGUCUUGGUUGUUCAUGGCAGAGCUUCUCGGCAGCUCCAACGCAUGUUUAAGGCUAUUUACCAUAAAGACCAUUUUUAUUACAUUCAUGUUGACAAGAGAUCCAAUUAUUUGCACCGGCAAGUCCUCCAGUUUGCCAACCAGUAUCCAAAUGUGAGAGUCACUUCUUGGAGAAUGGCAACUAUCUGGGGAGGAGCAAGUCUUCUGUCCACCUAUCUGCAGACCAUGAGGGACUUAAUGGAGAUGAAUGACUGGCCAUGGGAUUUCUUCAUUAACCUCAGUGCUGCUGACUACCCAAUCAGGACAAAUGACCAGUUAGUAGCAUUCCUGUCCAGAUACCGUGAUAUGAACUUCUUGAAAUCACAUGGGAGGGACAAUGCAAGAUUUAUCAGAAAACAAGGACUGGAUCGGCUUUUCCUGGAAUGCGAUACCCACAUGUGGCGCCUGGGGGACCGGCGGAUCCCAGAAGGAAUCGCGGUCGAUGGAGGGUCAGACUGGUUUCUCCUGAACAGGAAGUUUGUGGAGUAUGUUACUUUUUCUACAGAUGAUCUGGUAACAAAGAUGAAGAGGUUUUACUCUUACACAUUGCUUCCUGCUGAGUCCUUCUUUCACACUGUUCUGGAAAAUAGCCCAUACUGUGACUCCAUGGUGGACAACAACUUGCGCAUCACAAACUGGAAUCGUAAACUCGGUUGCAAGUGUCAGUACAAGCACAUUGUUGACUGGUGUGGCUGUUCGCCUAAUGACUUCAAACCAGCAGACUUCCACCGAUUCCAGCAGACUGCCAGGCCAACUUUCUUUGCCCGAAAAUUUGAAGCUGUAGUGAAUCAGGAGAUAAUUGGCCAGUUAGACUACUAUUUGUAUGGCAACUACCCGUCUGGCACACCCGGCCUCCGGUCAUACUGGGAGAAUGUGUACGAUGAGCCUGAUGGUGUGCAAACCCUCAGCGACGUCGCCCUCACCAUGUACCAUGCGUUCUCCCGCUUGGGCCUGCGGAGAGCCGAGACUUCAUUCCAUGCUGCUGGAGACAACAGCUGCCGAUAUUACCCCAUGGGCCAUCCAGUUUCCGUCCACCUUUACUUCCUUGCUGACCGCUUCCAAGGCUUCCUAAUCAGACACCAUGCAACCAAUCUGGCUGUCAGUAAACUAGAAACUUUGGAAACAUGGGUGAUGCCCAAGAAAGUCUUUAAGAUUGCAAGUCCACCAAGCGAUUUUGGAAGGUUGCAGUUCUCAGAGAUUGGCACUGAAUGGGAUGCCAAGGAAAGGCUUUUCCGGAAUUUCGGAGGACUCCUUGGGCCAACAGAUGAGCCAGUUGGCAUGCAGAAAUGGGGAAAAGGCCCCAACGUCACUGUGACUGUCAUUUGGGUGGAUCCUGUUAAUGUAAUUGCAGCAACAUAUGAUAUUCUUAUUGAAUCCAGUGCCGAAUUUACUCACUACAAACCACCUUUGAAUUUGCCCUUACGACCCGGUGUUUGGACGAUAAAAAUUCUGCACCACUGGGUACAGGUAGCUGAAACCAAAUUCCUUGUUACUCCUCUCACCUUCUCUAAUCGGCAGCCUAUCAAACAAGAGGAAGCCAUGAAGUAUCACAGCGGGCCUCCAAAGAAUGCAUACAUGGAGCAGAGCUUCCAGGGCUUGAACCCUGUCCUGAAUAUCCCCAUCAGUGCCGCCCGCGUGGACCAGGCCAAGAGGAAUGCGGGGCUUGUGGGCACCCGGCUGGAAGCCUGGGUGGACUCUCUGGUCGGCGGCAUCUGGUCGGCCGUGGACAUCUGCAGCACCGGCCCCACCGCCUGCCCAGUCAUGCAGGGCUGCGCUCAGACAGCCUGGAGCUCCCUGAGCCCGGACCCCAAAUCUGAGCUGGGCCCCGUCAAACCCGACGGUCGCUUGAGGUAGCAUCCGAUCUGCCAGCUCUUCAUGAAGAAGGGUCCUUCUAGGCUUGUGCAGGGCAUCUGGAAGGCUGUGCAGGACAUGGGUUCCUGACCGACGCCACGAGCUGAAUGUGGAGGAGAGCAAUGCCUUGUUUCUCAGUGCUUUUACUUUAUUCUGUCAACAAACUAUUCUUGCCUGUCUUCAGAAUUUAUAGCGGGCUGCAUCCUGUUUUAAAUAGGCAUGUUUUGCAUCAUUUUAAGCUGCAUUUUCUACAUCAGGAAAAAGACUCAUUUACAUUCCAAGAACUUUUUAAAAUAUAGGUUUUAUAUGAAAAUUCAUCUCCAACUAAAGCUUUUUACAUUAGUAUAAAACAUGCACUUUGUUGUUGUUGCUGUGGUAAUCUCUCGUUAACAAUAUAACCCAAAAGGCUAUUAAAAGCUGUUGGGUUAAUUAGGAAAAAAAUCCUGUUGAUGGAGUAAAGUAAGGUAUCUGUUUACCCUUCUGUGUGUAUGGCUCGCUUUCUGCUGGUGAGAGUUAAGUGUCUGCAUCAGGAGGGAAAUAGGCCCUUAAAUCAUUCCAUAAUCACAUCUCACAGAAAGGUUGAAUUCCCUUUUAAACAACAGUUGCAAGAUGACGGUAACACACAGAUCCCAGUGGCUUGUAGUAUCUCUCUCCAUAGUGUUGGUUUAAAGCUACUUGCAGUUUGCUUUGGACUUGAAAUUGCAGUGUCAGCUGUGCUGGCAUUAAGGCAGAGCAUUGAAAUGUUUAUCUGGCACAAAAAUGGAUGCAUAGAAGGAACAAUUUAGGUAUUUAUUAUUUAUGUUUUAGUCAAUGACUAAUUAGUAGGUGCUGCUUUUGCAGCUGAAAGAUUAUGUUAUCUUACUAACUGAAGCUGCCUUUAUUAAGAAAAGGCUUUCCUCCCCUCACACCUCCCUUUCUUUUUUUGUCUUGAUUUUGUCAGUCACGAGAGCCAUAGUUUUAGGAAAGCUUGUAGCAAAGAAGAGCUGGUUGAAGUAUUUCAGUCAAAACAGUGUUCCAGCCUUUCAACCGGCUCUAGAAGCAAGCGUGUUUAAAACCAGGGUUGCCAACAGGUUUAUAUAAUAGAAACACAGUGUUAUUACUUAUUCAGUAGGAGUUUUUUUAACAGUGCUUGUUUUUAAUCUAACAUUCCUUCCUGAAGUUCAAAUUUUCUGGGGACCUCCAAUCCUCACUGUGAAAUUCAGGGCUUCAGUCGUACUGAUGCAAUGGCAACUGCACAGCUCAAGCCCUGCAGGUUAAAUGAAGAACAUCAUAUUUAGGGCACCCAGUGAAAUUUGUUAACAAUCCUAGUCAGUGAUUGUUCUCAAUAAGAGUACUGGGGUAGUCGCAAAAUUUCAGUCCGUCUUGCACGUAAUCAUACGUUUAAGGGUGCGCCCACACACACACAUACAGAUAACUUGAUUUUUAAAUUUGAUACUUUUUUUAUUCUUAAGCAGGAAUGUUUUUAAGUGCUUUGUUGAUAAGUUUUAAUUAUUAACUGGACCAAGCAGAAAGUGGCAACGAUCCCAUCUUUUGUGGUUAGAAGAAAAUCUGCCACUUUUAUCAUUUAAAUUGUAAGAUGCAAAUUAUUCUGUUUUAGUACAAAAAAUGGAAAGAAAACAAAUGGUUGCUGAUAUAUCUAUUUACAUUAUAUACUAGGUUUGAAAUAUCUCGGAACAAAAUUUAUAUUAGUUUAUUUUCUGAAAGACAAAAAGCAUCUACAGAAAUAAGUUUUGUAGCAAGCUGGUAAUCCCAGUGCUGCUAUUAAAAAUUAUGAAAUAAAACUGAAGAGGCUGAUCCUGCAGUUCUUUGUCAGGCAAAACUUCCACAGAGAGUACUGCUGAGUAAGGACUUCAACGGCAAGUCCAUCAUAAAUAAAAGGUGUGACAGUAUGCCAUAAGUAAAUACUGUCAGUGUUUGAAGUCAUCAAAGGACGAGCUGCCGUGUUUGGAACAUCUGGGGGCAGUGUCAAGUUUUGGACCUAAACAACAACCUUACUAUAGCUCCUAAUAUGGAGGCACAGAGACAUAAGUUACAUGUGGGACACUGUCUGAGUUACAAGUUCCUGUAGUUAAGAAGAAAAACCAUGGAAAGCAAGACUCUUUGCAUCAGAGAUCAGAGCUUGCUUCAAGCUGAUGCUGUGCAAGCACUGCUAAGGCCAACGUCCUGCUUAGUGGCUUUUCUGGCUCUGAAAUGGCAGGCACUUGGAGCCUGUGAUGAAUAUUAUGUAUUGUUAGAAGAGAAUAACUUCACAGAUCUUACAUUUGGUGAAAAGGAGAAUUCAGAGCAGGGACACAUAGUUCGUACAAAACAAGCAAGUUAUGCAUCUUCAUUUGAAUGUGCAAGUGUUAUUUUCCAAUCACACUGGCUAGUCCUUGCUGAAUAGGACUCCAGCUGAAAGCCAGUUUUGAUCAAAAUCCCUUUCUGUGGAGAGGGGUGUAUUUCCAUAUGCACACAUUUGUCCUCCGUGUGUGGUGCUUCGCUCAUUUAAAUUCCCUGCCCAUGCUGCACGAUAUCCAAGUAACACUUCUGUGAUCAAUCAGUAUUACACAGAAAGGGAAUGUGGCAAAAUGCAGAACAUCUACAUAUGUGAUUUAAUGAAUUAUGUCCAAAGUCAGUCUUAGCAUUAUGCAAACCUGUUUAUAUGGUAAUGUUAAACCCUGAGGCUAAUAGAAAUAGCUCAAAAGACAGUUUAUGUUCAAAUUUGUCCAAUUCUUUCUUUGAUGACAUUUGGACAUUGAGUAGUAAUAUUUGUAUUUUCAUUUUCUGAUAUUCAAGGUUUUUUUAGAAUUGGAAUUAUGUCUUCAUUUUUUGUGCUCUCAGCAGAGAGUUUUAACAGUUCCUUCAUGAUAGCAAGUGCUCUACAAGAAAGUCAGUCUGUAUCUCUGUUGUUAAGCCUUCAUUAUUGCUAAGCCUAGAGAUAAAGGAGUGUGCAUUCGUGUGUUACAAAUUGACUUCCCUAGGUAUUGGCUUCAGUGCACAAUGCCCGUACAGUUUUUUAACAGCAUAUUAACAAUGAUCCUGCAGCACCUUUCAUAAAGGACCAACUACUAUGUAUUCACCUUUUGUCCGUCUGCUACAGCACUAAUUGCAAUACUAAUGAAGUCUUCAUCACUCUUAGCUACAAUUAUAGUGAGCAGCGUAGUGAAGUCAGUGAAUCAGAACUGGGAUACUCUAAACCUGACCAAAGAGAGAGAUGAUGGGUAAAGAAGAUGUUGAAACUUUACAAAAGUUUGACACAAUUGUGCUGCAACAAAAAUUUGAACAAGCUGGGCACCUUCUGCAGAGCAAAGCUGAGAAAUGCUGAUACCGUAAGAUCUCAGCUUUGACUUCCCAGAUAAAAAGAAAACAAGAUCCAGAUUGUUAUUGUGGCCAGACAAUGAGGACCAACUUUCUGUUGAUUUCUCUAGUUCUCUUUCAUCCCAGCUGUCAGAGAACUGCCAGCUUGCCGCUGGCUAUCACACCCUCCUCGUUGUCUUCCCAGAUCCCAAAGCUUCAGGGGUUGGCCACAGGAAACCUUGGCUAACUCCACCUCUUUCCAUUAAGCAGGAAGUUUUGUACUUGUGUGAGCCAGAUCCCUUAGGCUUCUUCAAAAACCCCAGCUGCAAAUCAGAAAAGUUUACUUUUCAGAGCAGCCUUCAGUCAGCCCAGUAGUAACAGACAUGAAAGAGCUGGUAAAAGUGAUAGCAAUUAUCUUUUCCUGAUUUUUAGGCAUGGGUAUUUAAUAUAUGUAAUAGUAGGUUUGGUUAUUUCAGCAACAGAGUAAGACCAACCUGGUAGAAAGUGGCUAGCAGCGUUUCCCACUGGCCUUUGCUUCAGUUUGGUUGUGAAAAGAUAAUGAUCCAUAUGUACUUUUGGUUCAGCCACUCACGGCCUCCAAGAUAGUCUUAGGGGCUCACAGGACAUUACAUUAAACCCGUAUUACAUGACAAUUGAAAACGUCACAUAAAAAAGUCUUGCCAGACCAAACCCUCAGGCUUCUGCCAAGACAGCUCCAGAGAGGGCAGGAGGGAUGUAGUGUUGGAGGGGACAGGACGCUGCCGGGUUAGGGGCCCAGCAGGAGUUCCUGAGAGCAGGAAUACCUGCGGCAGAGCCCCUGCUGAGGGCAGUUGCUGUUGCAGCCAGGCACAGCAAAACAAUUUGGGUGAAUUAGGGUUAAGGGCAGCAAGGACGAAUUUGUAGGGAAAUACCUUUUUUUCUGUAGACUCUUCAGGAGGGAGCAAAUGCUCUGAUUUGCAGCUCCCUUUGAAUGUGUAGAGUAGAAGAGACUGGCCUUUGAAAACCUUCACCACUACCAUCACAGUAAGGGAAAGAAGAAUCAGGCUGAGAGCAUUUAAAAUUGAGGCAACAAGAUCUUGCAGCCCAUGUUACCCAGGACCGAAGUAGCAUUAGGCUGUCUCCAGUGAAGUGUGGUGUUGGCAGCGAUUAACCCUCUGCAGGUACCGCGUUGGUUUUGUUCCUUUUCGCUAGCAGUAGUGUGUAGAUCACUCUCUGCUCUUUGCUUCUGCCUUGGUUACCUUCUUUUGCUCAUGGGUGCUACCACAGCUGCUACCUCACUGUGUCUGCAAACACGUUUACCUGAUAACAACAAAAAAAGGUACCAGAAAUCUCCUUGAACUGAAUGUACAAUCUAUGCAAAUUCUCUUUCUACUUUGUUAAAAUCUAGAAGUAUUACUUGUAACCUUGCCAAAUAAACAGCAAGAUACUGUACAGGUGCCUCUGAUAACAGAGUGACAAUUCUAGGCGCGGUUCAUUGCGCUGCAUUUGUAUAUUGUACUGACUUGACUUGUCUUUGGUUCCGUUGUAAUUAACACCCUUGACUGAGAAGAAAGCAAUCUCUUGCUAGGGGAGGACCUUCAGUUUGCUGGGAAUAUUCUGGAGGAGGAUGUCUAUGGCAUUUCAUUUUAUUUUCCUGCGUACCUCCAAAAGAAGGCACAGACCUGCUGGCCAAAAUUAGGAUGUUGUUUCAGAUUUUCCUUGGGUAAAUCCUUAUCAGCUUUGGAUCGCUUGGUGUCUGUUCCCAUUGUGGCAUCCAGUGUGUUGCCCCUUAAAGAAAGCCUUACUUUCAUCCUUUCUAAAUGUGGCCUUAAACUGUGUUAGGAAAUUUGGUGUUGUCUGUGUCUUGCUCACUUUUUCUGUUUGUUGUGGAAUGAAUAGAAGGCACCUUGAGAUUUCUAUUACAGCUCAGUUGUGUUGCUGUCAGCUUACACUUCACAAAUACAAUAGCAAUUGCUUACAAAUGCAGUCUUUAAGGGAAGAAAAUGACCUUCCCUUUGGGCAAAAGGAAGGCUUAGACAUUCAUAUAAACCUUAGGAAAUUAUGAGCCCUGUCUUUUGCAACUCACUGUAGAUAAGGAAGGUUGAUUUAAUUACCUACAAACUACAAACUUAAUAACCUUUAAUUUAUCUUCAGACUGUAACAGACAAACUGCUCUCAGCUGCACAAGACAAAUUCUGAGUAAUUUCACUCAUUUUGAUAUGACAUAGUAGCACUCCUUUCUGAUUUGUACUGGUAGCUGGGAGAAUAUAUAUCCUCUUAGUGGUAUGGUCUUAAAAUCUGAAGAAUGUCACCACAUGAGGCUAGAUUUUGAACGACUGUUGGGAAUCUGACAGUACACUUAGAAGAUAGAGGAGUCUGGUUCUAUCAUCUAAGUCAUAAAUGCAUUUCCAAAAAUCUGGCUUUUGGAGCUUCAUCCAAAGGUUGUCAAAGUCAGCAGAAACCAAGGACUUCUGCUAAGGCUCAUAUCUGUUGGGUUUCUUUAAUACUUUUCUCCGUGAGAACUCUCAUGUUUCAGUAGCACCAAUAUUCCCGGCAGGCUGCAGUGCUUUUAGGAAUCCCACAUCCUAUCCUGUUUUGGUAUUCAGAUGAGGAUACAACCCAAAGGCAACUGAAAAGGGUUUACAUAGAAAACAAGAUUUGUGAACAAAAAGUAAUUAAUUCAAGUUAAUGAAAUGAUUUUUCUGACUUUGUCAUUUUUGUUUUGUUUUGAUUGGAUUUUUGUAUUGCCUAACAUAGUCCGUAAUAAGUUAUUCCUGUUCUGUCAUUUUCAAAGACUGGUGGUAAUAUAGUUUUAAGAAAUAACUAUUUUGUUAUAGAUCAUAAUAUGCAUAAAAUUGUACAGAAAUAUUUUGUAAGCUAUUGAAUAAGAAAAAAUAAAACCAUGUAUAUACAGCAAAGUUUAAAAAAAAAUUGGAAAUUCAAAUGGAACACACUGAAAGAUGUAGAUAUUUUGCUAUUUAUUUAAAGGAGUAUUUUAUGAGAUAUUGAAAUGUCUUAAAUUGACUGGUAAUCAAAGUUCAAAGUCAGAAUGCUUUUCUUGUAGUAGAAUGUGACUUUCAGCAAUUAUUGCACUACCCGUUUUUUCACCCUUUUGUCUUUCAUUUAGCAGAAAACAAUGUGCCUUAGCUGUAUUCUUUGUUAAUGGGAAUUUGGUUUUUUUGUCUGACAAAGCAAAUUUUUUUGCAGAAAAAUAAAUGGAUGUAUUAAAUACUGUAUUAUACCAAAAA